UUGGACGAUACCAUGGAAUCCGCGAAGCAGGCCGUCGAUUCCGUCGCUGAGGGCGUCAAAAAGGUCGCCCUUGGUGGCGCUAACAAAGACAAGGCCCCCAAGAAGGAGAAGAAAGCCAAGGACGCUGGCGAUGCGUCGGCGGGGCCCCUCGAGCUCAACCCUCCUCCCGAGUUCUUGCAGAAGCGUCUUGACCUGUUCGACAAGUUGAAGAAGGAAUACGACGCCGACCUGGCCAGCAGGCCUCGUGAGCCCAUUACCAUCACCAUGCCUGACGGCUCAAUCCGUCAGGGCACGAGCUACGAGACCACCCCCGGUGAGAUCGCCAAGAGCAUCUCCAAUAGCCUAUACAAGCGCACUGUCGUCGCGAGACUGGACGGCGAUGAGCAACAACUGUGGGAUCUGGAUAGGCCCUUGGAGAAGAGCUGCAAGCUGGAGUUGCUGAACUUCGAGGAUGAGCAAGGCAAGCAGGUGUUCUGGCAUAGCUCGGCGCACAUCCUUGGUGAGGCGUGCGAGAGGAGAUUCGGCUGCUCCCUCUGCAUCGGACCCCCUGUCGACAACGGCUUCUACUACGAGAUGGCGCUCCCCGAUGGCGCUGCCGUCCAGGCUAGCGACUGGAAGCCACUUGAGUCCAUUGUGGGAUCCAUUGUCAAGGAGAAGCAGAAGUUUGAGCGUCUCGAGAUGACCAAGGAGCAGCUCCUUGAGAUGUUUAGCUACAACAAGUACAAGCAGCACAUCAUCAACGACAAGAUUCCCGACGGCACCAAGACCACGGUUUACCGGAACGGCCCCCUGAUUGAUCUUUGCCGUGGACCCCACGUUCCUAGCACCGACCGCAUCGAGGCUUUCAGCAUCAUGAAGAACAGCUCCUCUUACUUCCUUGGCUCGCAAGAGAACGACUCGCUCCAGCGAGUGUAUGGUGUCAGUUUCCCCAGCAAGAAAGAGAUGGCUGCGCACAAGAAGUGGCUUGAGGAGGCCGCCGCCCGUGAUCACCGCAAGAUCGGCCAGGACCAGCAGCUUUUCUUCUUCCACGAACUCUCGCCCGGCAGUGCCAUGUGGCUGCCUCACGGUGCCCGUAUCUACAACACCCUCCUGGCCUACAUCAAGGAACAAUACUACAAGCGUGACUACCACGAGGUUAUCAGUCCCAACAUGUACAACGCGGACCUCUGGAAGAUCAGUGGGCAUUGGGACCACUACAAAGAUGACAUGUUCGUCAUCGACGUUGACAAGGAGAAGUUUGGUCUCAAACCGAUGAACUGCCCCGGUCACUGUCUCAUGUUCGCCCACACUCCUAAGGCCUACCAUCAGCUGCCUUGGCGAGUCGCCGACUUUGGAGUUCUUCACCGCAACGAGGCAAGCGGCGCCCUGUCUGGUCUGACCCGUGUUCGCAGAUUCCAGCAGGAUGACGCCCACAUCUUCUGCAGAGAGGACCAGAUCAAGCAAGAAAUCAGCGAUUUGUUCGAUUUCCUCGGCGAAAUGUAUGGCCUCCUGGGUUUUACUUUCAAGCUCAGACUUUCCACUCGCCCUGAGAAGUACAUGGGUGAGCUUGAGACGUGGAACAGAGCAGAAGGCAUGCUUAAGGAGGCCUUGGACGAGUUUGCGGCUACGACUGGAGGCGUGCCCUGGACUUUGAACGAGGGUGAUGGUGCCUUCUACGGCCCCAAGAUCGACAUCAAGAUCAUGGAUGUCCUGAACAGGGAAUGGCAAUGUGCUACCAUUCAGCUCGACUUCCAGCUCCCGCAGAACUUUGGCCUGGAAUACAUCUCGGCAGAUGUUCCACCUAAGCCCAAGGAGGAAGAGGCGGCCGUCGCUCCCAAGGCUCCUGAAGUUAAGGCUAAAGACCCUCAGGCUAUCAUCGACUCCGCUGCCGGCAAGACCGAGGAGGACACGAAGAAGCGAGUGAUAAAACCCCUGACGAAUGGAUGCCAGCGCCCUGUCAUCAUUCACCGUGCCAUGGCCGGUUCUAUUGAGAGAUUCACCGGUAUUCUCAUUGAGCACUUUGGGGGCAAGUGGCCUUUCUGGCUCAGCCCCAGACAGAUCAUGGUCAUUCCUGUUGGCAAGGGCUUCGUCUCUUACGCUGAGGAGGUCCAAUCCAUCUUCAAGAAGCAGGGCAUGUGGUGCGAUAUUGACUUGACAGGCAACACUCUUCCCAAGAAGAUCCGCAGCGCUCAAUUAAGCCAAUAUAACUUCAUUUUCGUCGUCGGUGAUGAGGAGAUGAAGGGUAGACAGGUCAAUGUUCGCUACCGUGACGACACCUCCAGCCAGGACCGUGGAAAGCCGGUUGCGCUGGAUGACGCGAUCGAGAAGCUCAAGAAGCUCCGCGAGGAUCGUGGUACUUACAACCCCUUUCCUGCUGCCGCGAAGCCCGUAGCUAAGGAGGCAUGA